AUGGCAACUUGUAGCCUUGAUACCGCGGCCCUGAAUACGAACGGGUGCUUUUCUCAAACCAUUGGCGUAGAGUUUUUAGCCAGAUGUUCUUCUAUGACCCACACUGCGCUUGCCUUGGAUCUUGCCCUGGAUAAUAAGUCGAAGCAGCUGAUCAUGCCAUCCACGCUCAUAAUUGAUUAUGCUGUCUUCAAGAAUAAAGACAUAGGAGAGCACCUGAGGCCUGAGAACGGAAAUGCCGAAAUAGGCAGUUGCGAAGUACCGCUGGGCAUGGAAAAUGGCAUGAUAUCAAAUGAGUCCCUCGCUGCCAGUUCGAGCUACGACCAGAGUGUAUCUCCGCUCAGCUCAAGAAUAAGGACAGAGAUACGCGGUGGCGCAUGGUGUCCUAACGGGUUGAUCUCGACACGCAGUCGUCAAUAUUUAGAAAUAGACCUACAUGACGAAUACCUGAUCACUGCUACUGAGUCUCAAGGCAGGUUCGCUAACUCUAUCGGAGUGGAAUUUGUGGAAAGUUACGCCGUUGAAUACUGGAGGAACGCACUUCGCCGCUGGGUUAAAUAUAAGGACUUCAAUGGUAGCCGACAAUUACCCGGAAAUGUCAACACAUACACAGCAAGGAAGACAACUUUAGAGGCCCCGUUCGUUGCGUCUAAAGUACGGUUCUAUCCAUAUGCUUCGCACCCUAGGACUGCCUGCAUGAGAGUUGAAAUAUACGGCUGCCGCUGGAAACAGGCACUUGUUUCCUACUCCGCUCCGCAAGGUGGAGAUAUGCAAUCGAUGACAGGCGGCGCUCGGUUUGAAGAUCUUUCAUAUGACGGUGUUAUGCGUAACGGUAGGAUGAUUGACGGGCUCGGCCAGAUAACUGACUCGUACACUGGGCCGAACGACUUCGAAUUGCCUGAUCCAUUAGAUACUCAAGGCACUAGAUGGGUUGGUUGGAAUAAAUCUAUGUUACUGGAAGACGAAGUUAAUAUAACGUUUAACUUCAGCAAUUACAGAUUAUUUCACCACAUGGAUAUACACACAAAUAACAUGUUCACUAAAGACGUUCAGCUUUUCAAAGAAGCAGAAGUUUACUUCUCUCUCGAAGGAGAACGUUGGCAAGAGGACUAUAUUUCUAAUGAGCCCAAACAAGACAAAGUAUCAGAACACGCGCGUAUUGUUCACAUCGAUCUUGAGAAUCGCACCGCAAAAAAUAUCAUGCUCAAACUGAAGUUUCAACAUGAAUGGAUACUACUCAGCGAAGUUACUUUUAGUUCUGUUCCAACGGUAAUAAAUUCCUCCGCUGAAUUCUUAGAAGAGUACUACCGUUCAGAUAAUUCACCUUCCUCUCGAAGAAAAAGAAACUCGUCCCUUAAAAUAUCGAUAGGCCUUACUUGCGGCGGUGUGGUCGGUGGAGCAAUAUUGAUAGCGGUCAUUGCAGUACUGCUCACGAAGAAAACUAGAAGGCCGAUCGCAAACUUGUUGAAGAAACCUUUUUGUCCGGCUCUUAGAAACUCUAAUGCAAGGAACAAUCGAAGAGCUCCAAGACUAGCUUUAGCCCUCGCAAAUUGUCCUCCUAUACACAUGCUACGUCCAGCGGUUGUUGACGAAGAUUAUAGAGAACCCUACAAUAUAUGGAGAGAGACCUUAGGGCGUCGAGAAAAACGAGAAAUCCACGACCAGAACGAGUACAACGAGAUUUGCGAGGACCCUGAGUUCCCGCGGCCCUACAUGAUGAAACGACCGGAUCCGCAUGAGAGCUUCUACGCGGCUACCGACAUCAUCCAUCAUACCUAUCCUGACGAACGGUCGUACAGGCGAGAAAGACCACAACCAGGACUCUUUACUUCCAUAAAAUUACCAGAAGCCGAGCCCCCAAACGGGGUAGCGCCCCUGCUGGAUUUCCCGCGGGGGCGUAUGCGACCAGUCACUUUCCUUGGCGAGGGCCCACAUGGCACACUCCAGAUUUGCGAAACGGAUGGUAUAGAAGAACUGAGCGACGAGGAAUUACCCAGUGGGAACCGCCGCCGCCUUGUUGUCGUCAAGACCCUAUGGCGCGGCUGCCAUAGCGAUAUCAAGGCGGCGUUUGCCCGCGAAGCUACGUGGGGCGCUGGCCUGAAGCAUCCACAACUUGCACGCGUGCUUGGAUUGAGCCUGCUCGAACCUCCGUGCGCUGCCCUCGACCGCGGGGACGCCAUCCCUCUCCCGACCAUUUUGAAGAUGGAACGCAGAUUGAAUUACGCGAGUUUGAUUCGUGUGUGCUGCCAGAUUGCGAGCGGCAUGAAAUACCUAGAAUCGUUCGAGUUAGUACACCGAGAUCUUGCAGCCAGAAAUAUAACGGUCAGCGACGGUCUCCACAUUAAAGUGGCAGAUUACGCAAUGUUCUGCGAAGAAUUUAUCGGCGACUACCACAUAAUGGCUGAUGGAUCGCGCAUACCCUUACGUUGGAUGGCUUGGGAGAGCUUACUGAUGGGUAUGUACUCACCAGCUAGUGACGUUUGGUCAUUUGGUGUAACAGUUUGGGAGGUUCUCACUUACUGCGUAGCAAAACCCUUCGAAGAAAUGAAUGAUGAUCAGGUGGUGACGAACGCAAACGACUGGCGCUACGGGGCCCGAGGAGCACGCGUGCCGGCCGCCCCGCUGCCGCGCUGCCGCCGCGAGCUCUACGACCUCAUGCACGAGUGUUGGCGACGCGAACCUAUCCAAAGACCGCGCUUUCACGACCUGCAUAGAUUCCUCGAUCGAAUGACUCAUGGCUACAAACCACCAACGCAUCGUUAAACUCCGACAGCUGUAACACUAAUUGCCAGAUAAUCUUAUCAAUUACCUAAUCGAUAAUAAUAAUUUUUGUGACAUGGAUUAAACGAUGAAAGUUU